CCUCUGGCCAGGAAAGAACGGUAUUCAAAUUUGACUUGGAAGACAGAGUUAAAGGCUAAGUGUCCAUUGGGGCUAGGGUCAUUUUAGGCAGAGAAAGACCCGGAGGCCAAAGUCACCGAGGUCACUCCAACAAAAAUGCGUCUCAACUCCACACCAGCUUCGAAGGAGCACCCUCAAAUAUCUUGGCGGUGACUGGGUUUCCUUCGGUCAUAGAGUCCACGUCUUAACUCACAUCUUCCUGCAUGCCCACAUCUCCCUCAUCACACAUCCCACACUCCCUCCCACAUAACCCCAAGGGGUGGCUGCGUCAGGGACCGGCUCUCUGGCCCCACCUCUCGCCUGCCCUCCGCCUCUAGGGGGCAGGGCCCACCUGUGCCUGGGGGCGGGGCCGAGGCGGGGGGCGGGGCGGGACAGGUAGGGUGUAAGGUAGUGUUUGGAGCCGAGAGAAAGCGCCCAAACUGCAGCAAGCGAGCGCAGGAGCCGGCGGCCACUUAGGAGAGCCUCCUGGGCAGGGUGCAGGAGCGAGCGGGGAGGGAGGGAGGUGGCGGGCCUGCGACGAGGAGAGGCGUGGAGUGGACACUUGGGGAGGAGGAGCCGGGCUCCGCGGCCGGAGAGAGACCUGCGAGGCGCCCGCGCAGCCGAGGGACCCCAGCGCGCAGAGCAUGAGCGGCCAGCCGGCUGGAGAGCGACCCGGGGAGACUGCUUGCGCGCCACGCUGAGCGGCGGAACCGGGUCGGGGCGGCGGGUGCGGGGUAGCCAGUGCUUGGGCGGCGGGCCGGGCGCAGAGCCAUGGGGAGCCCCCGCGCUGCGCUGCUGAUGCUGCUCCUGCGCCCCAUCAAGCUGCUGAGGAGGCGCUUCCGGCUGCUGCUGCUGCUCGCGGUGGUAUCAGUGGGACUCUGGACUCUGUAUCUGGAGCUAGUGGCGUCAGCCCAGGCUGGCGGGAACCCCCUGAAUCGCAGAUACGGCAGCUGGAGAGAACUGGCCAAGGCCCUGGCCAACAGGAACAUCCCCGCUGUUGAUCCAAAUCUCCAAUUCUAUCAUCCCCAGAGGCUGAGCCUCAAGGACCAAGAAAUUUCCCAAAGUAGGAGUAGGAACAGUAGCUACCUAAAGUGGAACAAGCCCGUCCCAUGGCUUUCUGAGUUCCGGGGCCAUGCCAACCUGCAUGUGUUUGAAGACUGGUGUGGCAGCUCCAUCCAACAGCUCAGGAGGAACCUGCACUUCCCGCUGUACCCCCAUAUCCGUACAACCCUGAGGAAGCUGGCUGUGUCCCCCAAGUGGACCAACUAUGGUCUCCGCAUAUUUGGCUACCUGCACCCUUUUACCGAUGGGAAGAUCCAGUUUGCCAUCGCUGCAGAUGACAACGCCGAAUUCUGGCUGAGUCGUGAUGACCAGGUCUCAGGCCUUCAGCUGCUGGCCAGUGUGGGCAAGACAGGAAAGGAAUGGACAGCCCCCGGAGAGUUUGGGAAAUUUCAGAGUCAAAUUUCCAAGCCAGUGAGCUUGUCGGCCUCCCUCAGGUACUACUUUGAGGUUCUGCACAAGCAGAAUGGUGAGGGUACCGACCACGUGGAGGUUGCGUGGAGACGGAAUGACCCUGGAGCCAAGUUCACCAUCAUCGACUCCCCUUCCUUGUCCCUCUUCACAAAUGAGACCAUCCUAAGGAUGAAUGAGGUGGGCCACAUCCCACAGACAGCAGCCAGCCACGUAAGCUCCUCCAACACUCUUCCCAGGGAUGAGCAGCCCCCAGCUGACAUGCUGCGGCCUGACCCUCGGGACACCCUCUAUCAAGUGCCGCUCAUCCCCAAGUCCCAUCUGCGCCAUGUCCUGCCCGAUUGUCCCUACAAACCCAGCUACCUGGUGGAUGGACUCCCGCUGCAGCGCUAUCAGGGCCUCCGCUUUGUUCAUCUGUCCUUUGUUUAUCCCAACGACUACACCCGUCUGAGCCACAUGGAGACCCACAAUAAAUGCUUCUACCAUGAAAGUGCCUAUGACCAGGACAGGUCCAGCUUCCAGGAGUAUAUCAAGAUGGACAAGCCAGAGAAGCAGGGCCUGGAGCAGCCAGGUUUUGAGGAUGGCCUUCUAGAAGAAUCCCAGUAUGAAGAAGCAGAGGAAAUCCCUGCCUCCCAAGACCAGGAUCCUGGGACACAAGGAAGAAAACAAAGGACUACUUCCACCCCAGGGCUGGGUGUCACUGAAUACCACCUCCGGAAGCUCUUGGCUCACCCACAGAGUGGCCCCUUGGCACCUCUUUCCAAGCGGAACUCUACCCCUCCCUUUCCAACAAGGACUAAUGACAGCCCAGGCCAGCAGCCGGAGAAAAGGAAGGGGAAAAGUCGCCCUGUGCCCAGCCAAGAUUUAUCUCAUUCUGACAAGGGGACCCUGAGGAACCUGCCUCUCCUUCAGAGAGCCAGACCCACUGGGGACAGUCCCGGGAAGACGCUUGAGCAGUCUCAGUGGCUGAAUCAAGUGGAGUCCUACAUUGCUGAGCAGAGAAGGGGUGACAGGAUGGAGUCCCAGGCCCCCAGCAGGGGCUGGCACGGAGAGGAGGACGUGGUGGUAGCAGCAGGCCAGGAAAGAGAAGUGGAGGAAGAGGAAGAGGUGGAAGAAGAAGAGGAAGAAGAUAUGAGUGAGGUGUUCGAAUACGUACCUGUGUUUGACCCGGUGGUGAACUGGGACCAGACCUUCAGUGCUCAGAACCUCGACUUCCAAGCCCUGAGGACUGACUGGAUUGAUCUGAGCUGUAACACAUCUGGCAACCUGCUGCUUCCGGAGCAGGAGGCCCUGGAAGUCACACGGGUCUUCCUGAGAAAGCUCAGCCAGAGGACCCGGGGGAGAUACCAGCUGCAGCGCAUCGUCAAUGUGGAGAAGCGCCAGGACCGGCUGCGUGGAGGGCGCUACCUCCUGGAGCUUGAACUGCUGGAAGGCCAGCGCCUGGUGCGCCUCUCAGAGUACGUGUCCACUCGAGGCUGGCGGGGGAGUGACAGCACUGGUGGGGAGGACACGGAAGCCCGGAACCUGCAGGGCCUGGUCUGGAGCCCACGCCGUCGCAGACACGUGCUGAAUGUCCAGGAUCCAGAGCCAAAGCUGUGCUGGCCCCAAGGUUUCUCCUGGAACCAUCGAGCUGUGGUCCACUUCAUUGUGCCUGUGAAGAACCAGGCUCGCUGGGUGCAGCAGUUCAUCAGAGAUAUGGAGAGCCUGUCCCAAGUCACUGGCGACCCACAUUUCAACGUCAUUAUCACCGACUAUAGCAGUGAGGACAUGGAUGUGGAGAUGGCGCUGAAGAGGUCUAGGCUGCGGAGCUACCAGUACAUGAAGCUGACUGGAAACUUUGAGCGCUCCGCUGGACUACAGGCUGGCAUAGACCUGGUGAAGGAUCCACACAGCAUCAUCUUCCUCUGUGACUUGCACAUCCACUUUCCAGCAGGAAUCAUCGAUACCAUCCGGAAGCACUGUGUAGAGGGCAAGAUGGCCUUUGCCCCCAUGGUGAUGCGGUUGCACUGUGGGGCCACCCCACAGUGGCCUGAGGGCUACUGGGAGGUCAAUGGAUUUGGACUGCUUGGCAUCUACAAGUCAGACCUGGACAAGAUCGGGGGCAUGAACACCAAGGAGUUCCGAGACCGCUGGGGAGGCGAAGACUGGGAGCUCCUGGACAGGAUCCUCCAAGCAGGCCUGGAAGUGGAUCGGCUCUCCCUCAGGAACUUCUUCCACCACUUCCAUUCCAAGCGAGGCAUGUGGAACCGCCGCCAAAUGAAGAUGCCAUGACCCCCAGGGACAGCUGCUUCCAGCUCCUUGACUUGCAGUUGACCUCGAGGAGGGAAUACGAGGAACAGAAGCCUCAGCGCUAAUUGCCCUCUCCACCAGGAGCUGUCCCUUCAUGCAGGGACGAGUGCUGAGGCCCCUCUGCCACUCACUGAGUUGACAGAUGCAUAGGAUGGGCAAUGAGGUCAAGAAGAAAACACCUGCUUGAAUAGAAUACCAUCGUGUCCACAAAGGUGCAUUCCUAGGCCCCCGGCGCUCCUCACGGGGAGUACUGACCAUGAACCAGAAACUUCAACGGGACAGAUUUUAUUUGGGGUGGAGGUGUGUGUGUGUGGGAUAAUUUUUAACAGAGUAUGAAGACUUUUGUCUAGACCCAGCACUGACUGGGAGUGAAGCUGUGCAUAGCUGAUCUCAGACCCACUGAGGUGCUGGUCCCGUGCGGAAUACCUCAGCUCCAGGCUCAGUCUGUGCCUUCCAAACACACACAUUUCUCAUGGUAGCCACUGAACAGCUGGCCACCAACUCGGGUAUUAGCCCAACUCCUACAGAUGGAGAGUUCUUUGUGGAAGGCCAACAUCGGUGGCAUCUUCCUUCUGCAACGGGGUGCAGGGUGAGUAUGAGUGGGCAUGGGCCCAUCCUCCUGAGAGUCCGACAUGUGGGCUGUGUGGAGGAGAGGCCGUGCAGGCGGAGAAAUGCCCUUCCUCCUUUAUCUCACCUGCCAGGGAAGACCUGGAGAUGAUAGGGAGGUGCCACCAAAGGUGGCGUGGAUAGGCCCUCAACUGCUUAAGUGAGAAUUUGGGAGGGACUCAAGCAGGGGGAGAAAAAGGGAAGAAAAUGUAUACUGUAAGCUUAGCACUCCUGUGGCUUCGCCUUCCUGCGGAGAGAGCCCCAGCCUCCUGGCCCUGAGAAGAUGAGGUGAAACCUGGCCAUCUGAUAAGGGGCAGGGUAACGUAUGGGGGACGGGGCAGGAAGAACCGAAAGAUGGUGAGUUUCGGGGGACAAUAGCCGUAACCUUUUCUGUCUUUGGCUACCCCUUCUGUCCCCUGAUGUCACAUACUUAUCUUGCACUAAUAGUCCCAUUGCUCCAUGGCUGGGACUUUCUACUGUUACUGCUGCUGCUGCUGAUUCGCCAGUGGUGCGUUGGAUGCUCGGGUAUUAAACCCAGUCUGUGAAGAGGGCUCAGCGCAGCGCCUUUGCUGCCUGGAGAAAGGGCAGCACUCCGCAGAGCCUGCCUACCAUGCUGUGAACGAAAGCGCGGCAUUUGGAGCUGCAGGACCCACAUGGUGGGCUCUGUGAGUGCCAAGAACGGUUUGGCACAUGCAAAGUGGGACCCCCCCCCCCAAACCCCCCGGGCCUUGCCCUUAGGCAAUCAGAAGGACAGGGUGGUUCUGUUUAUGGGUUGUGGCUCUUUCUCAGUCCCGCUCAGGCCUUCUGCCCUUUAGAAAAGGCACAUAGGAAGCAGGCUAGGGCUGCAGUGGGACAGCUGGAGUGCCAGGCUUCUCUCUACAGCCAUAGAUUCUUGGAAUUGUGCUGGAAGGCCAGAGCCAGUCCCAGCAGCCCUCCUGCUCUGUUUCUGAGGACUGGAAGCCCCCUGGGCCUUCCCCCCCACCUCUGCGCAUCACCUCCCUCCCAGGUCUAGUGCCUUGUGUUUGAUGUCUGUUACCUCCUUACCAUCUGCCUUAAGGGAGAGGAUAAUGCUGUGGGGAAGGGGAGGGAAGAGGGCCUCAACUCAGCAUCGUAGGAAACAAAGGCUGUUUUCCUGUUGCCCAAGAGCCAGGGAACCACACUCUCGUCCCUCAGCUCUCUGCUCCGUGACAGGCUAAGGACUGUCCGUGGCCUUCCGCCUUGGUGCUUGCCGGCAGAAAGGACAAGCUUCCUGUGCUGCAGUGUGCUUGGGAAGGACACCGCACUGUCCUGACUGUGUCACGGUCUCAGCAGCCCAGGUUAGUGGAGGUCACAGCCUCACUAGAGAGGCUUCUCCCUGCCUGGGGACCGUGCAGCUGUAGUCCCAGCACUCGGGAAGCUGAGCCAUGAAGAUCAGGCGUGCAGGGCUAGCCUAGGCUACUUAACAAGAUGCUGUCAAAGUAAAUAAACACAGGAAAAAUCUUUUCUGAGUGAAUUGAAGGUGCUCUAUUGAUGCUUUGCAAGUAUGAGUUGGCCCUCCUAGUUGCCUAUGACCUAGGCAAUUUUUUAAUUUUUAUUUUUUUCAGGAUUUUUUUAAAAAUUUUAUUUUAUGUUCAUUGGUGUUUUGCCUGCAUGUAUGUCUGUGUGAGGGUGUAAGAUCCUCUGGAAUUGGAGUUACAGACAGGUGUGAGCCACCAUGUGGGUGCUGGGAAUUGAACCCGGGUUCUCUGGAAGAGUAGCCAGUGCUCUCAACCACUGAGCCAUCUCUCCAGCCCCCAUUUUCAAGAUUUUAUUUUAUGUGUAUGGAUAUUUUGCCCGCAUGUGUAUCUGUGUACCAUCUGAGUGCCUGGUGCCCAUGGAGGCCAGAAGAGGGCAUCAGCUCCCCAGGAACUGGAGUUGCAGAUGGUUGUGAGUCACCAUGUGGGGGCUGGGAAUUGAACCGAGAUCAUCUGGAAGAGCAGGCAGUGUUAACCACUAAGCCAUCUCUCUAGUACCCCAUUUAAAAAAAAAAAAGUUUUAGACAGGUUUAAAGGUGCCUUUAACCCCAGCACUCCAGAGGCAAAGGCAAGUGAAUCUCUGUGAGUUCAAGUCCGCCUGGUCUGCAUAGUUACAUGGUGAGGCCUUGUCUCAAAAAAACAAAAACAGAAAACAAAAAUUAAAGUUAAACUUUUUCAUUUAAAGUGUGUGUGGUGUAUGCAUGCCACGUGUAGGUCAGAGGGCGGCUUUCAGUGGUUGGGUCUCCCCCACCCCAUACCAUAUGGAGUCCUCAGGCUUGGCAGCAAGCACCUUUACUCACUGAAAAUUUGUAUUCUUGAAACAUUACACCAUUAGUGUGAAAAGUACAGUAGGUUUAGAGUAGAGUCUUUCAAAGCGUGUGUGUGUUCAUCAGUCCAGAGCUCAGUGACC